UUGGCAUUCAUUUCGUUCGCCAAGUACGACGCCAUGGCCGCGCGCGACGUCAUUCGCUUCCUGAAGAAGGCCGAGAUCAGCUUCUCCUCCUUUGAUUCCCGGGCAACCGGCGCAUGCGAGUUCUACCGCCAGUUGAACGCGACCAAGACGAAGAAAGUCAACCCCAAGUGCGAAGUUGUAUACAACGUGGCGGUACACGGCAAGAGCGACCCCUUAAUCAAGCUGACCUUCAUCAACGACAAGCAGGAGAAAUACCACGUGCCCGGCCGAGAUGUGCGCGACAUUUUCAAUGACAUCGAGUAUCACUGCUCGCAAAUCGAAUCCGACCUCGAAGCUCAAGGCAAGAGCAUGGACUAAGCCGAAUGCAUUUCCUUUCCUUUUGUAGUAAGUUCGACGUCGUCGUUCCUGUUGGCCACAGCAGCAUCACAUAUUGUGCAAGUUGGAGUGCGUACAAGUCCCUGACUCCAGCAUCAUGCAGUCCAGGCAAUGCGCGUUGCAAUGCCUUGGCACCCACGUGCUGCUGUCAAUCUGAGUCCUUGGAUACGGGGCAUGGAAGUCCCCAUCGGCAACACACGUCGGCAAGCACGCUUGCUCUCUUCCGAAAGAACACGUGGGCGCUAUGCGCUGUCGGUAGAUGAAUAACCUCGGAGGGUUUCAUGGUAUAGGGACACCGCCUUGGAUGACAAGUAAUUAAUUUCACAGUGGUCGACAUC